AUGAUCGGAGUUUUAUAUGAGACCCCCAGGCAAUCCCUGACUUCCGUGUUGAUGCUACCGUCACUCGCGAGGCGAUCUCUUAUCGGGCCAGUGAACUCCGUCCCGGCCUGGCCAGACGUGUCCAAAACCGAGGGCAGCGGCCACACAAUCCUGUCGACGGGCAGAUCUGGCACGGCGGGAACGUCGUCCGACGGCACCACCGUGUGGCUGACGCCACUUUCGACAGUGGCGUCAGGGGCUACCCAAGCGGUGCCGAUGACGGAAUAUGAGCGGUUCGAACGCGAAGACGGCGCCAUCGAGUACCGGACCAGAGUAUCGGCGACGGAUUGGUGCAGGACGCUGGUGCUGGCGCGCCGCGACAUCUCAAUCACCUCUCCUGGGCUGCGGAUCGGGACGCUCACCAUGUCCGGAUCGUCUGGACUCGCGCCAAUCUCCGUCAUCCGCUUCACCACCUCCGAGGUGCGCUUCGUGUCCGAGCAGAUGGAGAUCUCCUCCACCUUGCCCAGCCCAUCCUCGCUGUCCCUCUCGUCGACAGACGGGCAGUUCUUCCACCUGCCGCCGGACUGGCGAAAGUCCAGAUCUAAUGGAUCGAUCUCGGUCGUGAGUCGGUAUAGAGAGAAGCGUUUCUUUCGUGCCGAUGGCGGUGCCCCGCCGAGGGCCUUUUCGGAUCGGGCAAAGGCGUUGUCCCUAUGCACGUCCAGGCUGUUGCCUACGUCUGAGUGGUCAAUCGAGGACCAUAUCCGUGGUAUCCAUGCGGUGACGAUUGCUCGGCAUGAAGGCAGGCUGCCGCAGAUGAUAGCACAGAACUCUUCUAUCACGGACCACGUUAUUGGGUCGACGUUGUCCCCUGAGAGAUAG